UUUUCCCCCCUCUCCCUGCAGCCCUUCGGGGAAUGGUGCAACCUGCAGCCAAAAGAUGCUGCCAAGAUGCCUGAGAGUGCCUGGAAGCUGCUUUUCUACACCUUGUCCUGGUCCUACGGCACUUACCUGCUCUUCUUCACCGACUACCCCUUCUUCCACGACCCCCCCUCCGUCUUUUACGGCUGGAAGCAGGGCAUGGAGGUGCCCAGGGACAUCGCCGUGGCGUACCUGCUGCAGGGCAGCUUCUACGGCCACUCCCUCUACGCCACGGCCUACAUGGACACGUGGCGCAAGGACUCGGUGGUGAUGCUGCUGCACCACGUGGUGACCCUCACCCUCAUCGCCUCCUCCUACGCCUUCAGGUUCUGGUUCCGUCUCUACUGGUUCCCCCUCAAGGUCCUCUAUGCCACCUGCUACUCCAGCCUCCAGUCGGUCCCAAACAUCCCCUUCUACUUCUUCUUCAACGCUCUGCUCCUCAUCCUCACCCUGAUGAACAUCUACUGGUUCCUGUACAUCGUCCUGUUCGUGGCCAAGGUGCUGAUGGGGCAGAUGCAGGAGGUGAACGACGUGCGCGAGUACGACGUGGAGGACACCGGGAAAAGCACCAGGGCCCGGAAGAGGGAGGCUGGAAUCCAACUACCCAAGGCUCUGAAGGAAGGUCCCGCCGUGAUUCCCCUGACUCUGCUGUUGGACCCUCCCACAACCCUUCCCCAAGGGUCCAGCGUCAAACCAGGGAGGGAAAAACCUCCUCUCCUGCCCCGGGAAGGGGAGCCCGAAGCCAGCCCUGCUCCAGCUGCCGAGCGAGGUGAUGAAGGGCACCUCGACGUGAUGAAGGGCACCUUGAGGUGA